AUGUGCAGUAGUAAGCUGCAGACAGGUUUGCUGGUGGCCGGCUACUUCGUCUACCUGCUGAUGGGUGCCGCCGUGUUCCAGGCGCUGGAGAGGACCGCUGAAAAGCAGGAGAAAAUGGCAGCUGCCCAGAUGAAGGAGGUUUUUCUGCAGAACUUCACCCACCUCACGGUGGCAGAGAUGGAGCAGUUCAUGAAGAACCUGACUGAAGCCAUUCAGAAUGGAGUAUAUCCUAUUGGAAAUGAAUCACAGAUUGAAGACAGUAACUGGGAUUUCAGUAAUUCCUUCUUCUUUGCAGGCACAGUUGUCUCCACAAUAGGCUAUGGCACUCUACGUCCUAAAACUGCUGGGGGACAGAUCUUCUGUGUCUUUUUUGCUCUGUUCGGAAUCCCUCUGAAUAUUGUUUUUCUGCACCGUGUUGGUAAGAUGCUCUCACUGCUGUGUAAAAAGCUGGGGAAAUUCCUGUACAAGAAAGGAUUGAGAAAGAAGAAGAUCAAAUUUCUGACCCUUUUGUUCUUCCUGGCAACGGGGAUCCUAGUUUUCCUGUGCUUGCCAUCACUCUUCUUCCAGAGAACAGAGGGCUGGUCCUACAGUGAAGGAAUUUACUUUGCAUUUAUCACCCUCAGCACCAUUGGCUUUGGAGAUUAUGUAGUAGGUAAACGGCCUGGCAGGAAUUACUUCUCUUACUACCGACCACUGGUGGCCAUUUGGAUUCUUUUCGGCCUUGCCUGGAUUGCUCUCCUGUUUAAUUUAUUGACAACGGUACUAGAAGAUACUGAAAAAAUAAUUGUCAAGGAUCUCCAUCAAAUUGGAAAGGUGAGUAAGGACAAUGCGGCAAGCCAACAAAGAAGAUCCUGGCCUGCUCAGUUUAUUCCAGAAGAAGAACUACUACCACCAUGUGCUAGAGAGGAUACACAGAAAUUAGAGUCAUUAGCAGCAGAUUCUGAACACACAAAAAGUGAAAAAAAUGUUUUUUCUGAUAGCAAAACUAUUGCCAUAACAUAUGAGAAGUGA